AUGGCAGAGAUCAAGACAAUCCAGCAAGAAUACUUGGCGCUACUUCAAUCCGGGAAAUAUAGCGAUUUCGUGUUGGCUUGCAAUGGAGCGGAAUGGAACUUACACAAGGCCGUUGUUUGCAUUCAUUCACCAGUUAUUAAGGCUGCGCUUGAUGGCGAAUUCAUGGAGGCCAGACUGGGCCGUUAUUCGUCCGACCAAUAUGACGUCGCCACAAUGGCUCGUCUCAUUCAGUAUUUAUACGUCGGAGACUAUUCAUCCAAUCCUUUGUUGGGUGGGACAUGGCCAUCCAUGGAGAUACUCCAGGACGAAGAGCGACAAAGCCAACUACAAGACGCGAGUCAACCUUUCCCACGCUGUCUGGGGGCUGAGAUUAGCCUGAACGUUGCCGCAGAUUAUUUUGGCAUUCCAGCACUCUCAGCUAUGACGAGGCAUCGUGCUGAGGGAAUUAUCAAGCACCAUUGGAAUGCGGCUACCUUUCCAGCUCUUCUGAAGGAUGCUGAAGAACAUGUCUUGGACAUGAAUUUAUGGAAGAUUUUGAUCGAUGCAGCUUCAACUCAUAUCGACUCUUUGACCAAGUCAAACGAAUUCCACGAGGUCGAUUGGCAGCCUGGGACUUAUAAGCAAAUUCUUUAUACUCAGGCCCAGAUGUUGGAUGAAGAAAAGGCGAAAAAAAAGAAGAGGCCAAGCCACACCAUCACAGAUUCAAAUCCUCACGGGAUAAUUUUCUGA